AUGUUUUGGAAGAUUGGGACUCUUGGGGGUCUAUCUGUAAAUAAUUUUUGGAAUCAGUUGCUGUGCAUUCAAAGCUUUGGGACCGAGCGUGAAAACAAGAUUCGUAGAGUGGCGUGCAUUUUCUGGGAGUUAUGGGUUGCAAGAAAUGGUUUAAUUUUCAGACAGGACCAAUCUGAUCCUCAAGAUGUUCUCCACGCAGCAGACUUCCUUUUCCAAGAAUGGUGCAACCCUUUGCUUCGCUCUCAUGAUGCUAGAACAGCCGGUUUGGAGCAAACGGAGGCACAACUCUGGCAACCACCGAUUUCAAAUGCUUUUAAGGUAAACUUUGAUGGAGCCUUUUUGGUGGGUUUGAGUAAAGGUGCAGGUGCUUGUGUGGUUAGGGACCGGCUAGGCAGAAUUAUUGCGACUGCUGCGCGUCAAUUUCAGCACGUCACUUCGCCAACUGUGGUGGAAGCUCUUGCUCUUCGUGAGGCUAUCCUUUUGGCCAGAAGACUUCGCCUCACUGAUUUUGUUAUCGAAUGA